AUGGAAGAAAAAAGAAAGGCAGCAAACAGACCACUUCUGCACACACAGUGCAGCAGCUAUCAACACCACUUUGACGAGGAUGGCUACUCUGGUAGCCCAUCCGACUGUCGUGCAAGGGAGGAGUGCAUGGCUCACUUUGUGAGGGCUGCAGAGUUGAGACAACACCCGCCCUCCAAAUUUGAGGACCUCCUUGACCAAUACGACAACUGCCAUUACAUAUUAGAUGAGGCCCCCACCCCCUCAAGGAUGGGGAGGCAAAGGCAAAGGCAGCCAAUGCCUGUAUCCUUGAACUUGAGGUCCAGAUUGCCGUGCUGGAGCACGGCAUUGCACAAGGGAAAGGGCAAAGCUCGCGCUGAGCCCAAACCCAUGGUGGAGGAGAUAGUCCACCCCUACUCAAGUAGGGCCGUUGUACAAUACAAUAAGGCAGUGCCGGUGGAGGCUCCCCCUGGGGACCACUAUGCUGAAGUCCUCAAGGAUGACAACAAAUGGGACAAGUACUUCCAGCGUGCUCUCCCUGGCCUACACAUUGGCGGUGGCAUGUUUGUCAAACGCCUCGACGAGGGACACAUGGUCCUACGCCGGGGACUGUGGGAGAUGAAGCUCGCUGGGCGCCAAGGCCGUCCUCAAGCAAUGCCUUCCUCCCCUUAG